AAAUGUCCUAAGGCACCCGUUAACAGGAUCCUUGUUAUAAGAAGUCUCUUAAACCAUAUUGUUGAGGUCUAUAUAAGUGAUCAUAGUUUGGUUUGUUUGAGUUGUCGGCUUGUCAUCCUAUCUAGUUCACACUCAUUUUCAUCACUUGACCUGCCUUUUUGUUUGUCUAUUGAAUUAUAUAAUAACACAGUAUACAGAAGAUGGGUAAUCUGCUUUGUUUUGUACAAGUUGACCAAUCCACUGUGGCUAUCAAGGAGAAAUUUGGUAAGUUUGAGGAAGUUCUUGAGCCAGGAUGCCAUUUCUUGCCUUGGUGCCUUGGAAGUCAGCUUUCUGGUCAUCUCACUCUUCGGUUACAGCAAUUGGAUGUGCGAUGUGAGACUAAGACAAAGGACAAUGUAUUUGUCAAUGUCGUUGCCUCUAUUCAAUACCGUGCCCUGGCAGACAAGGCAAGCGAUGCCUUUUACAAACUCAGCAACACAAGAAGCCAAAUCCAGGCCUAUGUGUUUGAUGUAAUCAGAGCAAGUGUCCCAAAGCUCACCUUGGAUGAAGCCUUUGUACAGAAAAAUGACAUUGCCAAAGCUGUAGAAGAUGAACUUGAAAAGGCUAUGUCUGCUUAUGGGUAUGAAAUUGUACAAACACUCAUUGUUGAUAUAGAACCUGAUGAGCAGGUCAAGCGAGCAAUGAAUGAAAUCAAUGCAGCUGCAAGAAUGAGGGUGGCAGCCAAUGAGAAGGCAGAGGCUGAGAAAAUCUUGCAAAUUAAGCGAGCUGAGGGUGAGGCUGAGUCGAAGUAUUUGUCUGGGCUGGGUAUUGCCCGCCAACGUCAAGCAAUUGUUGAUGGAUUGAGAGAUAGUGUGUUGGGCUUCUCUGUUAAUGUGCCGGGGACCACGCCAAAGGAUGUCAUGGACAUGGUUCUUGUUACCCAGUAUUUUGACACAAUGAAGGAAAUUGGUGCUGCCUCAAAAUCCUCUGCUGUGUUCAUCCCUCAUGGACCUGGUGCUGUUCGUGAUGUAGCAUCUCAAAUUCGUGAUGGACUUCUUCAGGGUUCUGUUCAACAUUAGGGUUACUUUUCCAGUUUUUCCCCCUUUGUGUAUAGAAACGAGGUCUAUGUAUGUUGAUGUUUCUCUGCAAGUUUUUCAGCGUGUUAUGUAAUCUAUCUUUAUGCAACUGUCAUGUCUGUUUGUGAAUUGAUAAUUAUUGUAAAUAGGAGACUGAAAGAUGUCUCAAGUAUGUACAGAUCUUCAAACUUGAAUAUGACGCAGCUAAAAUUGCUUCUGUUAAUAUUUCUUCCU